CCCCAGAGCAAAAACCCGAAACGCAAUUCCACCGGCGACAUAACUGAGAGAAACCACUCGAACUGAAUUAACGAUCUCCGUUCCCGGCCGCCGUUCCUUCUCUCUUCCCUGAGCAAAGCAAGGGAAGGCGCGCGGAAUGGUGGUCGCGGACAAAGAGAAGCUUCAGGAGGAAGUCUCCUUCAACCGUUUCUGUAAAAUCGUGCUCGGUUGGGACCAUUUUCGCCUCGUCUCCGGCGCCGAGAAGAAAAAGAAAGACAACGGAAAGAAGGACGCGGCGGGUUUGAAAGAAGUGAAGAAUUCCUACAAAGACGUUGAUGAUUACCUUUCCACCUUCGAGCCGCUCUUGUUCGAGGAAGUCAAAGCCAAUAUUACUCAGAAGAAAGAUGACGAAGAAGUGACGGAGUGGGAAAUGAGGCUGGUGACGGAGUGUAAUGAAGUGGAAGGGUUUUUCCAGGUAGCACUUACUCUUGGGGAUAACGAGGAAAAGAGAAUCUCCCAAAAUGAUCUGCUACUUCUUUCGAAAGAGAAGACCAAACCAACAGCAUAUGCUUAUGCUCUGGUGGAACAUACCCAGCAUGAUAUUAUUAGGCUUAGAAUGUGUUUGUCUGGAGAAAUCAAGAGCACGAAUUUCGAUGAUGUUGACUCCCAGCCGAGGCUGUUAAACAUGCAGGCUCUUAUUACUGCUCCCGUAAAGCCACAAGAGAAGCCCUUAUUCAGCUUAAAGAUAUGCAGUUUGUCAACCAUUUCACGUGAAUAUAUAGCUUUGCGGUCAAUUGGCUCUCUUCCAUUCAAAGAUUUAAUCAUAAAAGCAACAGACAGAAUUGGUUCAGAAGACCAGUCAUGGAAAGUUUCUGAAUCUCUUCGUGGACAUUUUGAAGAAACUCUUAACACAUCACAAAUGGAAGCUAUAAAUGCUGGUCUAUCACGUAAACCGUUUGUCUUGAUACAGGGCCCUCCAGGAACUGGAAAAACACAGACAAUUCUUGCACUUCUUAGUGCUAUUCUUCAUGCCACUCCAGCUCGAGUGCACACCAAGGCUGGAUCAGUUAAAACUAAAAGUGGACCACAACUCUCAAUUGAAGACAAGUACACGAAUUGGGCACGGGCAUCUCCAUGGUUGGCUGGUGUAAAUCCUAGAGAUGCCAUCAUGCCUAAAGGUGGCGAUGAUGGCUUCUUUCCUACCACCGGAAGUGAGCUGAAACCAGAAAUAGUUGCAUCGAGCCGCAGGUAUCGGCUACGAGUACUUGUAUGCGCCCCUUCAAAUUCUGCCCUUGAUGAGAUAGUGUUGCGCCUUCUCAGAAAUGGUGUUCUUGAUGAAACUGUUCGUAAUUAUAACCCUAAAAUUGUGCGUAUUGGUCUGAAAGCACAUCAUUCAGUUCAGUCUGUCAGCAUGGAUUACCUUGUACGUGUGAGACAAAAGCAAUCUGAGUCAGCUGCCGAAAAACAUAAACAUGGAGCUGCUGGAGGAGAUAUAGAUAAUAUCCGCUCUUCAAUUCUUGAUGAGGCUGUUAUUGUCUUUUCAACUCUCAGCUUCAGCGGUUCAGCCCUUUUCAGUAAAUUGAAUCAUGGUUUUGAUGUAGUGAUAAUUGAUGAAGCCGCCCAAGCUGUGGAACCAGCAACCCUUGUUCCUUUGUCCAAUGGGUGCAAACAAGUUUUCCUGGUUGGGGAUCCAGUUCAAUUACCAGCCACUGUAAUUUCUUCUACUGCCAGCAAAUUUGGUUAUUGCACAAGUUUGUUUGAGAGGUUUCAAAGAGCUGGCUAUCCAGUAAAUAUGCUGAAGAUGCAGUACCGGAUGCAUCCAGAGAUUAGACACUUCCCUUCCAGAGAAUUCUAUGAUGAGGCUCUGCAGGAUGCAACAGAUAUGGAGGUGAAGACCAAACGUGACUGGCACAAGUACCGGUGCUUUAGCCCAUUUUGCUUCUUUGAUUUACACGAAGGGCAAGAGUCCCAACCCUCAGGAAGUGGGUCCUACGUGAACACGGACGAAGUUGAGUUUGUGCUCCUUCUUUAUCGUAAGUUGGUGUCGAUGCAUCCAGAACUUGGGUCAAGUUCACAAUUCGCCCUCAUUUCGCCAUAUAGAUACCAAGUGAAGCUUCUGCAAGAUAAAUUCAAGGAUAAUUUCGGUCAAGACUCGAGGGAGUUCGUGGAUAUUCAAACAGUUGAUGGUUUCCAGGGCCGAGAGAAAGAUGUUGCAAUAUUCUCUUGUGUGAGAGCAAGCGAGAGUAAAGGUAUUGGGUUUGUGUCUGAUGCACGGAGAAUGAACGUCGGGAUCACACGAGCGAAGUCCACUGUUCUGGUCGUGGGAUCAGCAUCAACAUUGAGGCGGGAUGAGCAUUGGCGCAACCUCAUUGAAAGUGCAGAGAAGAGGAAUGUCCUUUUCAAGGUGUCGAAGCCUUAUGCAUCAUUCUUCAGCGAUUCAAAUCUGGAGGCAUUCACAGUGAAGAAGACAAUCCAUAGUGAAUUGCUGGAAGGUGGGUUGCCGCCUGAAAUGGAGAAUGAUAUAAUGAAUUAUGCUCUCAACACAGGAGAUGAUGGCGGCGGGGAUGAAGACCAAGGAGAUGACGAUGGUUACGAUAACGUGGAGGAUGGUGGCGGCGGUAUGGACGAGGACUGAAUCGACAUUGCACUUUUAUAUCCUCCAGUGAUCAACAGUUUCUUUGGUUCUGUUCAUUUGCUUGGCCUCUCUCUAAAUUCUAAUCACUAUGCCAUACCAUUGCAGUCCCCUGUGCAAUAGAGCUCCAUAGUCCGUAUUCAACUCAUGUAAAUUUUUUAUAACUUAGGAAAUCAUUUCAUUCCUUAUUAAUCUUGUCUUAAAAGACAUGAAUGGAAGGAUAAGGAGUAAGUUUCUUCACACAGUCAAAAAUUGAGCAGCAGUUUUAUUCAGAAAAGGGAAGAG